AGGACUUUUAAGAAUCUGUCUGUUAGGCCUAAUAGAAUAGUGAAGUGUUCAGCAGUUCAAGUAUGAUCUAGAUUUAAGUUACACUAUUCACAUCCCCUCUUUAUCCGCACCUCUUUACUUGUCCUCCUCUUGUAAUUCAAAAUAUAUAAAUAUAUAUUUACGACUUUCAUUAGCGCACAGCAACUGCCAAAAUUCCCUUCAAAUGCUACUCUCUCUCUUCGUCCCCAACUGUUCUAAUCCUCUGCUUCCUGUAGGCGAUUACGGCUUUAGUUCCAGUUCUAUCUGCAAAUUCCGAAAUUCAUGGAUCUAACGAGCGAGGUGGGAUUAAGGUUGCUUUUUUCUCCAAUUAGUUCCCACAUUGUUGUUCGGACGGCUUGUUGUACAGUGGGGACUGUUUUACCUGUUUACUCAACGUUUAAAGCAAUUGAAAGCAACGAUCAAAACGAGCAGCGAAAAUGGCUUCUUUAUUGGACAGUUUAUGGAUCUUUUAGUGUUGCUGAAGCGUUCUCGGACAAACUCUUGUCCUGGUUUCCUUUCUACUACUAUGCAAAGUUUGCUUUUCUAGUUUGGCUUCAACUUCCAUCUGCCAAUGGAGCUGAACAUUUGUAUAUGAGCCAUCUCCGUCAAUUUCUACUGAAGCACCAAUCUAGGCUUGAUAAAAUAUUGGGGUGCAUUUACAAUGAAAUGGUCAAAAUCAUCAGUGCACACCAAACGGAAAUCAAGUUUGCAAGGCUGCUUUUUAUGAAACUCAUGGCAUCAGUGAACCAGAUUGGUUGCGAUUAUAUUCAGCCUGUGCAAAGACAGUCAAAUUGUUCCAUUGAAGGCCCAAGCGAAGCAGAUUCUGAUAGGCAAUCUGAAACUGAAGAUUGAUACUGUCACAAUAAGGUUAAGAUUUGUUUGCAUUAAUAUUUCUCUUGUUUUUUAGAAAUUUAAGGUUCAGGCUAUACAGGAUAGGCGUCCCUUUCGAGAAAAUAAAUUGCUGUAUUUAUUGCUCCAAUGCCUUCUACUUCUUCUUGUUUUCUUUCUCCACCAAAUAUGCUUUCUCUGCUUCUGGAAUUGCCAACAUAAUACUAUUCAGCUUGAAAUUCAUCUCCUCAA